CGAACAGGGCGUGGAUGUCGGGGGCGCCCCGGUUGCGCUGCGGCCCCGCGGGCGGCGACGAUGCCGCUCUUUUUCCGGUGGGCGCUGCUGGCAUGGCCUCUCGCCUGCCUGGCGCAGCCUGGGCCUGACCCCGACGAGGUGGAGAGGAGACGAAAGAACUGCCUGCGGUACAAGGGCGGCCCAGCUGGCGUGCGGAAACCCGGCGACUUGAAUGCGACGUUCGAGCCGAUAUUGAGGGGGGAGGCCUACCAGGAGUAUUCGCCGAAAGUGCUCAGUACGGACCCGUGGGUCGUUUAUCCAGCCACGCUGCUCUCGGAGACGGAGGUGCAGGCUCUCGAGGCGAACAUGUUCGACCACGAGGAUCAGAAGAAUAAGUUCAUGAAGAGCGCCGCUGGCGGAGGUGGGGGAAAGCAUCAGGGGAGGAACUCGGAGACGGCUUUCUGCAUUGGCCGGUGCGACAGUGACAGCAGCGUCCAGAACCUCCGGGCGCGGGCAUCGAAGAUCACAGGGGUGCCGCCGCAGAAUUUUGACCUCUCCCAGUCUUUGCGAUACAAAGAGGGCAUGUUCUACAAGGAGCACCACGACAACCAUCCGACCUUCCACUAUCUUCCGUGCGGCUCCCGGAUAUUCACCUACUUCGUCUACUUGUCAGACGAAGGUCUGGAAGGCGGCGCUACGUUUUUCCCCAGGCUGAACAUCAAGGCGCCAGCCAAGCGUGGUGCAGCGGUUCUGUUCGUCAACACCAUGGACGACAACCCGAUGCGCACGGACGAGCGCACCAACCACGAAUCGCAGGUUGUCACCAAAGGGGAGAAGCGUGGAAUCAACAUGUGGCUGUACCAGUACAACUUCCGAGAUCAGUGGAAGAGGGGCUGCACGUCCAUCGAGCUCGCGGAUGACCUGGGCACGAUCAGAAAGGCCGCCGCUGAAGUGCCGCAGAGCGUCAUCUUUCAGAACAACGUGAAGAAGCCCAUGUACGUCUACAACGCCCCAGAUCGGAGACCCGAGCUGUACAUCGGAGAGGUCCUGCCAGGUGGCAACCUCACGGUGGACGCUGCCGACGGCGACGUGCUGCACGUGUACAACAAGCAGCGCGGAGGUAAGCUGGUGACCAAGCGAAAUGUGCUCGCCAACUCCGUGCAGCGCGUCAACCUCGGCAAGAGCAAGAAGCCCAACAGCGAGUUGUGA